AUGGGAGGAACAGGUAAAUCUAAGGUCAUACAAUCAAUCAAUGCUUACUUCAAACAUACCCUUCAAUGUCAUACCCUUCUUAUAUUGGCUCCAACUGAAAUUGCUACUACCAACAUAUGUGAGAAUAUUUCUGAGAUAGAAUAUGUUAUAAUAGAUGAGAUUUCUAUGAUUGGUCAAGGUCUUUUUGCUCGAUUUCAUGUGUUUGUAAAAAAAUUAAAAGCAAUUGAAGAUUCGACUCUCUUUGCUAGAUUAAAUAUAUUAUUUGUUAGCAAUUUUAUGCAAUUACCCUCUGUAUUAGACUCUGCUCUAUAUAUACCAAAUAAAAUUACCCUUAUUUCUUCUAUUCUUAACUUACAAAAUUAUAAUCUAAUCAAAAAUUCAUCAAAAUGCACAAAAAUAAACAUAAUAUUGACUCUUCAUCAAUUAAUAAUUAUUCUGUUAUUAAUACAACAAGAAGAAAUAUUUGGUUAA